GAAGAAGCCCCGUCCAUCACCUGCCGCUUUUUUCACCUGCGUGCGUCAAUCACGUCCCUUUCCUGACACAACGCUUCUGCCUGAGUGGUUCAGCUGUCAUCCGGGGGCGGGCGCUCCCUGGCAGAUCCUGAAAUCCCAUUGGCUGAGAGGUUUCUUUGGUUGACGUGACGCAGCUUGGAAUUCCCAAAGUUCCCAAGUUCACAGGAGAAGAGCGUUGAUUUUAAGAGUAAGCAAGAGGUUUUGGAGGAAAAAUCAGCUAACGACUGGAGUAUAAACAGGAUAUUAUAAAGGUGAAUCUGUGUGGUGCUGUGCCAACCUGAGCCUGCAGAGGGCGAUGUCUGACAGCAGCAACAGCACAGGCAGCACUGGCUCCUCCACCAACAGCUGGACCCUCCUCUCUCCUGAGGAAGCUGCCAUUGAGAAUGUUGGGCCUGCAGACGACGGCACAGAGAGUCUGGGCGAUGCCCCCAGUCUCUCUGAGGAGGUGGCAGGAGCUGCAGCAGAGGAGAAACCAGCUGAGCUCCCAGUAGAAACCAUCUUGUCUGAAGAAGGCCAUCAGGUGUGUCAGGAAACUUCCCCAGAGUCCGGCGAGGGUCCGAUCCCUUCCAGCCCGUCCCGACUGAGCCCUCCCCCAUCCAGCCCUCUGGAGGCCUUGUACAUCGACACGGAGAGUCAGCCGCCGGUCAUCCACGACAUCGUGACCACCUCUCCCAGCGACAACGAGCCUCAAGGCGCCAUGCCUUUGGUCGGCAGCAUGGAUCUGGCCGCUCAGCUGGACAUCCCGGCUGACGUUCUGCUGGCGGACCCCGCCGUGUCUCCCCCUCACACGACGGACGCCUCCGCCGAGGCUGCGCUCCACACGCCCGCUGAUUCUGAACCGACGCCUGCGAGUGCGGUUGCCCGGAGUGACGUCUGGAGCUCUGAACCUGAGGUCACCGUUCCCACGGAGACCCUUACAGCCGCUGAGCCCCCGCCUCACGUCGAGGCUGAGGUCAGCUUUGCUGCAGAGCCUCCCAGUCCGGUCCCAGAGCGACCGAAGACCAGAGGAAGUCCUGACCCGGAGACGGUCGGCUCUGCCGAGGCAGAGGAAGGCGUGGCUGAUGCUGAGAGAGAGGAAGAAAUGCCAUCCGAGUCACAGAACAUGGAUGAGGAAGAAGAGGAAGAUCAGUCCAGCAGCAUAGAGACGGGUGAAGUGAACGGCUUUGAUGAUGGACUGAGGAGGAGGAAUGUUCCCUCCUUUGAAGCGCCAAGACCAAGAACCUCCGAUGAGGAGGACGACGAAGAGGAGGUCGAGUUCAAGAUGGCAGAGAGACAAGAGGACAAGCCGUGGUUCUCCAUUAACAAAUGCGUUGUGGCUGCUUUGGUCCUGCUCUUCUUAGGUUCCCUGUUUCUGUCAGGUGACAUUGACAGCCCUGACUUGACUGACAGAGACAUAGUCAAAGACCAAAAGCAGGGCUGUAUUUACAGUGAUCCACAGAAAAUGAAAGGAAUGCUGGAUGAAAUGAGAGAGCAAAUCACUCAUCUGGAGACUCGAAUUCAGAUUAGGACAGAACAACUUAAUUCGGAGAUGCAGGCGAUGGCCGAGAGCGACGACGAACUGGACAGAGCUGGUCUGGAGGAGAAGACGUUAAAUCUGAAGGAGGAGCUGGCGACUCUGCUGCAGCUGAGCAGAGAGCUGGAGAGUCUGCGGGACCGAGUGAACAAAUACAACCAGUCCGCAGGAAAGGCGUCGUCUGCUCCCGCUUCAUCUUCUGAGUCUGAUGCCGAAGACGCUCAGAGCUCCCAGACGGCAGCCGGACCAGAGAGGGAGCAGGACGAACAGCUGGAGGAAGACCUCCACUGUCAGAAGGAUCUGUUGGACGACAUCAAGAAACGCCUGGGAGGGAUGAAAAAGGACGCAGGGGAUGGGAAGCAAGUUUGGGAGAACCUAGACGGGAUCCAGGAGCAGCUUUCCAAACAUGUGGAGAGUUGGGAGAAGACGAAGCCGCACGGGCCAAAAUGGAAAGGGAAGAAAGAGAAAAAACAGGAGCGGGACCACUGGAAGAAAGAGGAGAAGAAGGACAAGGAGUGGAAGCACAGCAAGGAAGAGAAGAAGGAAAAGGAAAACUCUCACAAAGAGUCCUGGAGGAAACACCAGGACGAGUGGCAGAGGAGGAAGAGCGAGCGCAGGAUGGACCGGGAGGAGAGGAGGAAGGAGAAGCCGUGGCACAGCCGGCCGGGGGAAAACUCCCAUCAGCCCCGGCAGCCGCAUCAUCACCAUCAGCACCACCACAACGACUUCUGGAGGGACCAGGAGCUCAAGCUGCACCGCAACGUCCGCCCCCAGCUGGGCUGCUCCUCGCUGGAGGACUGCGCCUCCAAGGAGGGCCUGUACCCGGUGGAGCUGGCCGAGUUCGAGGAGCUGCUGGAGGGCUACCUGAGCAAGCUGGAGGGCUCCCCCAGCGAGAGCAAGGACGAGCUCCGCAAGGUCACCGCCGACUUCUUCGAGGACGGCGUCUUCAUCCACGACCGCGUGCGCUUCGGGGACUUCGCCGAGGAUGUGGCGGACGUCCUGGAAGACAUGGUGGACGUCAUGGAGGGCAGCGACUCCCUCGAGGAGGAGAUGGAGGAGUUCGAGCGGGAGGCGCUGUGGAAGUUUGCCGCCACGGCUUAGAAGGAUUCAAAAGCAUUAAAACCCAAGAAGAACAGUU